CAGCUAUGUCUACGCCAGCUCAAGCUCAAGCUGGCCCUCCCGUCCAGGAAGAUGAAAGUCCAGUUCGGAAAUUGUUUUCGGUGGCUCAGCAAGUGUUUUUGAUAUGGGCAUUCUCUCAGCUUGCUAUGAAACUCAUAUCACCGGCAAAGCCUCCAACAACCCCUUCUGUAGCAAGCCCUGGUAAUGGUGCCGUACAGCCGGGUGAGGCCAAUCCAUUCCUUUUACCCCCGGUACAGGCAUAUAGCGCAUGGAAACUUGGACAACCUUUAUCUAUGCACGUCUAUUUUUCGACAUCGCCGAAUGGCGACGUGUUCUCCCGUCAAUGGACUUCAGCAUGGCGGGAAGAUCAGGACGCUGGUCUUCCCACCUUCGUCUGGGAGAAUAUCACGUUCGGAGACUGGAAGGAUACGAGAGCUGCCACGUAUGAUAUCAACCUGCCCCUGACUGUGCAAAACAACGGAUCCUUAUGGGCGGAUGUUUUCCUUGUCAAAGACGGCGCAAGUCCGGAUCCUUCAAAUGCUUCUUUUGACCCUCAUUCAGUGCAUCAUGUUCGGAAACUUUUGACGCGGCACAUGCCCAAAGCAAAAGCACGCAAAGAGAAGAACUUGCUUUCGAAUCCCGAUGAAAAGGAAGAGAUGGAAGAGGAGCCUCAGGACGAUAUCAUAGUGUCUCAUUGGCACAAGAACCUCACGUUGGCCCUCGUUUCCGACGAGACAAUCGUAGCAUACAACAAGCUGCCCCCAGUCCUGUUUGAGCAUGUGCAUCUCGUUCCAGGCGCGCGAGAUGAGACUGGUAGCAAAGGGUUCUACAAGCCGAUAAUCUUCCCCAAUGACUUCUGGUUACUUCGCUCGCACCUGAUCGAAAUCAACACAACCACCCCGACGCUGCCGCUUGAAAUAACUUUCCAACCCAUGUCAUACUUCAAGUUCCAGAUAUUUGCAUCGAUGAGUCAUGGCUUCGAUGAAGCCCUCAAGCAACAAGGCGGUGGUGCAGGAGCGGAACUUGACGAGGUCAAACGAAUGCUUACCGAGACCAAUCCGUGGUUCCUGGGUCUAACUGGACUGGUUAGCAUGUUGCACGUUGUCUUUGAGAUGCUUGCCUUCAAGUCCGAUGUUUCGCACUGGCGCCAGCGGAAGGAGCUGGUGGGCGUCUCUGUCAGGAUAAUAACGAACGUGUUCGUCCAGGCCGUGGUGCUUUUGUACCUUAUUGACAACAACGAAAACACGAGCUGGAUGAUUCUUAUGGGGUCUGGAAUGGGUGUCGUUAUCGAGGCCUGGAAGAUCACCAAAGCUGUGGAUAUCAGCAUCGUAGCUGCUCCGUCUGGCUCUCGACUGCCCUAUACGCUUAGCAUCAAAGACAAGCAUGUCCUUAGCGACGAUGAAAAGAAAACACAAGAGUAUGACAAGCUUGCAUUCCGCAUUGUGUCCUACUUUACUAUUCCAUUACUCGCUGCUUAUACGAUCUACUCGUUGAUUUACGAGACCCAUAGAGGGUGGUACAGCUUCGUGAUCUCAACGCUGACUUCAUUCGUCUAUAUGUUUGGCUUUGCGCAAUUGAUACCUCAACUCAUUAUCAACUAUAAACUCAAGAGCGUGGCGCAUAUGCCCAUGAAGGCAAUGAUAUAUAAGACGCUAUCGACGGUUGUCGACGAUCUUUUCGCGUUCUGCAUCAAGAUGCCGGUGCUGCAUCGGCUAGCGUGCUUCCGGGACGAUGUUGUGUUUUUAGUUUUCUUGUAUCAGCGCUGGAUCUACCGCAUCGAUCCUAAACGAGUGAACGAGUAUGGUCAGGUGAUGGCGGAGGAUGUUAUCAAAGCUGACGGCAAUGAUGAGACAAAGAAGGACAAGUAGACCACCAGGGACCUCCUGGUCAACCACAGAGUGUCUCGGGAUGCUCAGUCGAGCAGAAGGUUCUUCUAUGUGCUAACUCCCGUGGGGCCCACGUAAAUUGACAUGCUUACUAGAUCCUGUAUUACCUGGAGUGCCUAUUGAUUACUGUGAUCAGGAUAUCCUGUAAUAUCCCAAUGGAUCUGAUGCGAGGAACUCAGCUGUGAACCUUUGAAUUUCGCCAUUGCUGGAACACCUUGGAACACUUUUGACUUUUGUAGUAAUAUUGUAUAAAAUUAGACAGAGACACGCGAUUUUUACCGCA